AUGAGCUCUGAGUCGCUCAACAGGGGUGCUGAUUUGACAUACAGGCAAUUGCAGGAUGAGCUUCGCCAAAGAAAGUUACCAGCCACAGGCAAAAAGGAAGUUCUCAUAGAGCGUCUAGAACUCCACGAUGGCCUCUCCGCAAGCCAAAUAAGCCUCUCCUCCGACGACAGCGACCCUCUAAAACAAAGCACCGACGACCUCAUGUCCUCCUCCUUCACCAGUCAAAGCAGCCUGCACGACGCCACGGGCAAGCCACUCAGCAUCCUCCACCGGCGGUCAUCCAAAGAGUCUAUAGAGCUGCGGAGAAAGGAGUUGGCGUUGCUGAGGAAUGAGCUGUCGCUGUUCAGGUCGCCGGUGCGGUUUGGGAAAUAUUUGGGGCUUUACGUUGGAGGGAAUGUGAGGACGGCGGUUGGGCAACUGUUUGCGCAGACGUGGGUUGUGGCGGUUUUGGCGGCUGCGGUUGCGGCGGGGGUCACGAUAUAUCGGACGGAUGGGCCGCAUCAGGAGACUGUCAAGUUCCUGGAAUCGAACGUGCUGUGGUACGGCUGGUGGCUACUACUAGGGAUCGCGUCGUCGAUCGGCCUGGGAACUGGACUGCACACGUUUGUCCUAUUCCUCGGACCGCACAUCGCCCACGUUACGUUGACAGCAUACCAGUGCCAGACGACCGAUUUCCCUAUCCGUGGACCUGAUAGCUUUUCAUGCGAAUCGCCAACCCAAUCGAGAGGUGCAUCGACCGCCGCUGCUAUCACUGUAUGGCAGAUCGCGCGGAAAGUGAGAUGGGAGAGUUUCUUUUGGGGCAUGGGAACGUCAAUUGGAGAGUUGCCACCGUACUUUGUCGCCCGUGCUGCCGCAGAAGCAGGCCGCGACGACCAAGGCUUCGCCAGCAUCGAAAGCGUGCUCAAGAAACCGCGCAGCCGGCGCACGAUCGGCGAGAAGCUGCAGAUUGGAAUGUACAAUAUGAUGCAAUCGCUUGGGUUCUUUGGAAUCUUGCUCUGCGCUUCGAUCCCAAACCCCCUUUUCGACCUCGCGGGAAUCAUCUGCGGCCACUUCGGCGUCCCGUUCAUGACCUUCUUCGGCGCGACCUUCCUAGGAAAAGCCGUGUUCAAAACAAGCAUACAGACAUUAUCGGUCAUCCUGAUCUUAUCGGAGGACAUCCUAUCGUUUUUGCUCGCUGAGCUGAAACAGCACGUGCCGUACCUCCACAACCUGGUCCAGAAGUUCCUAGACGAGCAGGUGAAGCGGUUCAACAAGGAAGGGAUCGAAAGUCCCCAGAACUCCCCCGAAAAAGAGAACCUCCUCUCCUUCGCCUGGAACGGCAUCCUAGCGGCCAUGAUCGGGUACUUUGUCGUCUCGCUACUGGACUCGCUUGCCGUCGCGCAGCUGAAGAAGGAGCAGGAGGCUGAGCUUGUUGCGAUGCGGAGGGAAUUGGAGGGGGUUGUCGGGGGGAGGGUUAGGGCCCGGGAGGAGCAGGAGAAGAGGACAGGGGAUGGGACUGAGGUGGGGAGUGGGUAG